AUGACAGUCCAUCCUACCGCCAAUGGCCAAAGUUUGAACCGCCCACUUGUCAACGGCGAGACAUUCCACCCUGUUCGUGCGAUCAAUGUGCUAAAAUUUGGCGGUACAAGUGUUGGCAAAUUCCCUGAGGACAUCGUCAAUGUCGUCAAAACCAGUAUACUUGAAGCGGAUGUCGCUAUAGUCUGCUCAGCUAGAUCCAGUAGUACCAAAGCUGCAGGUACCACCAACCGACUCCUACGAGCCGCAUCCGAAGCCGAACAUCACAAGACUCAAGAAUAUAAGCGAUUGAUCGACGAUGUCCGGCUGGACCAUCUUGAAAACGCCGAUGCCUACAUACACGCCGAACAAAUACGACAGAGGUUACGGGAUGAGAUCGAAGAAGAAUGUGCCUUGGUGGCGCGGAUACUGGAAGCUGCCCAGACCUUGGGUGAGACCAGCCCGAGAUCCAGAGACAAAGUCAUGAGCACGGGCGAGAAGCUGAGCUGUCGCUUCAUGACUGCACUCUUGGAAGAUAGGGGAGUUGAAGCAUUCUACGUGGAUCUUGCCGAUGUCGUUGAUUUCAAAGUGCCGCACAGUCUGGAUCAGCAAUUCUAUGACAAUGUGGCGGCCUCUCUGGCCAAAAGACUACAAGACAGCGCGGGCAAAGUUCCCGUUAUUACAGGUUACUUUGGGGCCAUUCCGCGGGGUUUGCUGACCACAGUUGGCCGAGGGUAUACUGAUCUCUGUGCUGCUCUUGUUGCCGUGGGAAUGCGUGCGCAGGAGCUGCAGAUCUGGAAAGAGGUGGACGGUAUCUUCACAGCCGAUCCCAGGAAAGUCCCUACAGCGAAGCUGAUUCCUCAAAUCAGCCCAGCUGAGGCUGCCGAGCUCACUUUCUAUGGCUCUGAGGUCAUCCAUCCUUCGACUAUGGACCAAGUCAUUCGAGCACGGAUUCCCAUACGGAUCAAGAACGUGAUCAACCCCAGAGGGAGCGGCACCAUCAUUUAUCCCGAUUCGGGGUCCGAGUUUGAUUCUGCGUCAUCAGGACAUGAUCCCAAGCUGUUCCGCUCAAGGAGCUCCAGUUAUCUGGGUGAGCGUCGAGGCCCGAAGCGUCCAACAGCAGUGACCAUGAAACACAAGAUCCUCGUCAUGAACAUCCAUUCCAACAAGCGUUCCCUGUCACACGGCUUCUUCGCCGGGAUAUUCGCCACGCUGGACAAGUGGCGCUUGUCGGUCGAUGUGAUUUCGACGAGCGAGGUCAACAUGUCGAUGGCGCUGCAUUCGGAAGCACCCUUGUACACAGGCGGUGGUGAUGACGAAUAUCAGAUUGUGGAUCAGGACCUUCGUGGGGCCAUUGAAGAGCUCCGAAGCUUCGGCACCGUCGAUGUCAUUCCCGAGAUGGCAAUCGUGAGUCUGGUAGGCAAGCAAAUGAAAAAUAUGGUAGGCGUUGCAGGCAGGAUGUUCUCCACUCUGGGAGAAAACAAUGUGAAUAUCGAGAUGAUCUCGCAAGGGGCCAGUGAGAUCAACAUCACCUGUGUCAUUGAAGAGAGAGAUGCGGACCGAGCGUUGAACAUAUUACAUACGAAUCUCUUUACUUUCUUGGACUCCUGA